GCGUUUAUGCGCCCCUGUCCGAGAGUUGACGUUACCCGGUUUGUUAUUGUUAUUGCUGUGCAGCGUGUACCGCAUGGUAUUCCCUUCUCGCAAAAGCAGUUUGGUUUUUAGUUUCGUUGUGAAACGAGAGUUUGUAUUUCUCCCUAUUAAGUUUCCCAUUCCACAUCGCUGUCUGAGUGAAAAUGCGCGAGAAUACGCCGCCCCGUUCACCGAUGGACGAGCUGGUGGGGGAAGAUGACGACGACGAGGAGCUGAUUUACGUGGGCGAUGCCGAUGAGGUGCUGGACGCUUGGGAGCAGGAGGAAGCGGAAGACGAAGAGCUGGACGCAGAAGCGGGACCGGCAGCGGAACAGCACGCCCUUCGCCGUUCGCCCGUACAGGACGAUGCAAAGCUGACGUUCACCAAACACACCGCGCCGGUGUUCUGUGGCGCCCUUCACCCCACGGAAGAGCUAGCCGUUACCGGCGGUGAGGAUGACAAAGCGUACGUGUGGCACAUACGCACCGGCGAGGUGCUGCACGAGGUGACGAAUCAUUCCGACUCGGUGGUGGCGGUGGGCUUCAGCUACGAUGGCAGCUUUGUCGCGACCGGCGAUAUGGCCGGCUACAUACAGGUGUUCAAGGUGAGCCAAAACUAUCGCCAGGUGUGGGAGUUUACCGUGGGCGAUAUGGGGUGGAUGCGCUGGCACACGGGCGCGAACGUGCUGAUGGCGGGCUGCGAGGCGGGCGAGGUGUACGUGUGGCGCAUCCCGUCCGGCGACUGUAAGGUGCUGCCCGGGCACGAGGCACGCACCGAAUCGGCCGAGCUGCUGCACGACGGCAAGCGGCUGCUCGUCGGGUACGGCAAUGGGCACGUGAAGCUGUGGGAUUUGAAGUCGGGCACGCCGCUGCUGGAGGUGGACAGUACGGUCGGGCACAAGGAGAACAUAACGGCGCUGGCCGCCGACCAGGACGGGCAGCUGUUCGUGACGGGGUGCGAGGACGGCAGCCUGUACCUGAUGGGCCCGGGCGGCGUGCUGGGUCAGCUGGUUGCACCGAACGAGUACCCGAUCGAGUCGGUGCUGGUUGACUAUCCCGGGUUCGAGAUGAAGGUGGCCGCGUCGGGCACGCUGCAGGGCAAGCUGACGAUCUGGGACGCGGCCCGCCAGACGAAGCGCGUUGAGUGUGAGGACGACAAUCCGAACGGCAUUACCAAAUUGGUCUGGCUGAAGGACUUUACUAUCUGUGCCGGUACGCUGGGCGGUUGGAUAAAGGGCUGGGACUUCCGGAGCGGCGCGAAACGGUUCACCCUCGACGGGCACACGAACGACAUCCAGAGCCUUUCGUACGACAGGCAGCGCAACCUGAUCCUGUCCACCUCGGAGGACUGCACAGCGAAGAUAUUCGAAGUGCCGGCCGCAGGUCAAUAAGCUACGGGGACAACUGCAACUUGUACAUACAUUAUUGAUUUGUUGAGGAAAA